GGACGCGUGUAACCACCGCGGCGGCCGACGCCGUCUGGCGAACCGCGAACCGAUCGCACUAAAUCGUCUAUCGCAGUCAGUCGAGCGUGGCAUGCCCAACCGGUUACGAUUGCCGGCACAUUAUCGCGACGACUGCGAAGACGUACGGUUCCGUGUGUAUAUCGUUCGACGACAGAUACGGUUUCGUGCGCUCGAUUUUCUGAACAAAAAUAAUAACACUCGAACGUAAUAUUAUAUUCGUUUUUUUGUUCAUCUCGUCGAUGCUCACAUAAUAUAUUUUGUACCGCACGAAUUUCCACGCAGCGUCUUUUCAUCGACCGUCUUCCAUCGGGUGAAUUCUGUAGACGCGCGUGUCCCGCGCCCGAUGCACUCUGCCCGACGACCAUCUUAAAGGCACACCGAUGAAGCUGAUCAAAAUGACUGUACCCCGCUCUAUGGCGGGUUUGGCGGAGAGACUAUCGGGAAUGAUGCCUACGCCCAGCGUACGGGGAAGAAAGGGCUGGUGCGGCUGCCUCAAGGACGACGAGCCGCCAGAGAUCACGUACAUCGUGGUCGACUCGGGUACUCUGACGUUGCAAAAGAUGACGCCCACCCUGCCCAUGCCCGAAAAGCCCGAAUUGGACAGACUGUUCGCCGAGUUGGUUGAAGAACUUGAUUUAACUGCUACUAAUAAAGCAGCUAUGCUGGAACUUCACGAAGAAAAGAAAUGGCAAAUUUAUUGCAGUAAAAAAAAGAUAUUAGAGGAUCAAGAAAACACAACAGAUUUAUCACAAUCUCCUGAAAAUUACAUUGAACGUAUACAAUCAUUAAUUGGAGAUGAACAGGAGAACACCAAGUUAUUUGAUUCCCUAAAGACUGCUCUUCGUACUCAGCCUCAUAGCUUUGUACUGAGAUUUGUCCAAGCUGAUGGAUUAGUUACCCUGUUAGGAGUUUUGUCAUCUAUGAAUUAUGACACUCAACAAGGAGCUAUGCACACAUCAAUUAUUGGAUGUAUUAAAGCGCUUAUGAAUAACUCUACGGGAAGAUCUCACGUACUAGCACAUCCAUCAGCUAUUAGUACCAUUGCUCGCAGUUUACUCACUGAAAAUCCCCGUACUAAAGUUGCUGUAUUAGAAAUUCUUGGUGCUUCCUGCUUAGUUCCAGGAGGCCAUAAGAAAGUUCUUGAUGCUAUGACAGAUUAUAAAGAGUUUGCUCAUGAGCGUGCCAGGUUCCAAGGCAUUAUUAAUGAUUUGGACAGAAAUACUGGAAUAUAUAGAGAUGAUUUGACAGUGAAAACAGCUAUUAUGUCAUUUGUAAAUGCUGUUCUAAGUUAUGGACCAGGACAAGAAAGUUUAGAAUUCAGAUUGCAUUUGAGAUAUGAAUUUCUACAGUUGGGUCUCAAGAAUAUUAUUAAUAAGUUAAGAGAACAUGAGAAUCAGACAUUAGACAGACAUAUGGAUUUCUUUGAUAUGGUUCGUAAUGAAGAUGAAAACGAAUUGGCAAGAAAAUUUGAACAGGAGCAAGUAGAUACUCAAAGCGCUACUUCUAUGUUUGAAUUACUACGCAGAAAAUUAAGCCAUUCUCCAGCAUAUCCUCACUUCCUUUCACUUUUUCAGCAUUUUUUAUUAUUGCCCCUUGAGUAUGGAAGUCUUCCACAGCACUGGCUUUUGUUUGACAGAAUUGUACAACAGAUAACUCUUCAAACCGAUGUUGGAGCUGAUAACGAUGUAUCACCAAUUAAUAUUAAUGUCAAAGAUAUUAUUCAACUUUUGGCUAAAGAAGAAGAACUUGUUGCUGCAAAAAAUAAAGCUGAAGAACUCGAAAAAGAAAAUACUAGUAUUUCUGCUUCACUUGCUAAAAAAGAACAAGAAUUAGAUUUGAGAAAUCAAGAAAAAGAAGAUAUGGAAGCUAGUAUUUCAAGGAUUAAAGAACGUUUGGAAAAAGAAAUAUCUAUUCACUUGGAAACUAAACAAAAGAUAUCUGAACUCGAAGAUACGUCAAGUGAAUUACAGCACAGAAUUACUUAUGAGCAAGCGGAGAGGAGAAAGCUAGAAGCAAUGCUUACUAAUGGAAGUCUACCUGAUGAUGCUAAAGUUAAUUUUAGUGCGCCUCCUAUGACUAUUCCACCUCCACCACCCCCACAGCCAAUGACUAAAAGUUGUGGUCCUGCUCCACCCCCAGCACCACCACUUCAAAUUCCUCAAUUAAAUCUUCCACCGCCACCGGGUUGUCUCCCUCAAUUAGCUGGCAGACAAAGAUCUGUUGAAAUUCCAAAACCAUCAGCUCCACUGAAAUCUUUCAACUGGGCUAAAUUACCAGAAACUAAAGUGGCUGGCACUGUAUGGGCUGAUAUUGACGAAGGAAAAAUGUAUUCAUCCAUUGACCUUGAAGCAGUGGAUAAACUUUUCUGUGCAUACCAGAAUCAAAAGCCGACAAAUGGCACAACGACAGCUAUGAAUGAAGGAUCAUCUGAAGAUCUGAGACAAACUGGCAAAAAUAAAACCAAAGUCCUAUCUGUUAUUGAUGGUCGCAGAGCUCAAAAUUGUACUAUAUUGCUGUCCAAAUUGAAAAUGUCUGAUGAAGAAAUUGCCAGAGUUAUAAUGGAUAUGGACACUAAAGACGUUUUACCAUUAGACAUGGUUGAACAACUUUUAAAAUUCACUCCAGGCCCAGAUGAAGCAGCUUUGUUAGAAGAACAUAGUUUUGAUUUGGACAGUCUAGCCAGAGCUGACAGAUUUUUAUACGAGAUUUCCAAAAUUGCACAUUAUGACCAACGUCUUCGUAGUCUAGUAUACAAGAAGAAAUUUAUUACCUGGACCGGAGAAGUUGAAGGCAGAACCAAAAUUGUGAUGGAAGCUUCACGUGAAGUAGCUCGUUCUAGACGAUUAAGAAAACUAUUGGAAAUUGUAUUAGCUCUUGGAAACUAUAUGAACAAAGGAGCCAGGGGCAAUGCAUGGGGUUUCCGUUUAUCAUCUCUAAACAGACUUACAGACACUAAGUCAAGUUCUGUUAGAGGCAUAACUUUAUUGCAUUACAUUGUUGAUAUGGCCGAUAAGAAGUUCAAGGACAUUCUAUUAUUGGAAGAAGACUUACCUCAUGUAAGAGGAGCUUCAAAAGUGAGCUUAGCUGAACUUGAAAAAGACAUGUCACAGUUAAGAAACAACCUGAAAGAAGUUGAACGAGAAAUUGAGUUCCAAAGAGUACAACCUGCUGUACCGGGUGAUAUGUUCCUACCAGUAAUGAAAGAAUUCUUAACUACUGCUACCUGCAAAUUUUCGGAGUUAGAAGACUUAUUUCAAGAUAUGAAAACUAGAUUUGAUAGAGCAGUCAGAUUAUUCGGAGAAGAUAAUUCUACAAUUCAACCUGAUGAUUUCUUUGCAAUUUUUGAUUCUUUCUUGACAGCUCUUUUUGAAGCACGUCAAGAUAACUCCAGUGUUAAAAAAAGACGCGAAGAAGAAGAAAAAAGAUUAAGACAAGAAGUGGAGUUAAAGAAAUUAACUCUUGAUCGUAAAAACUGUAAAGAUAGUGCCAGUGUUUUGUCAAAUGGAUCUGGUAGUCGUCAAGUUUCUAUUAACGGUACAUCAGGUGACAAGGCAGAAUUUGACGAUCUCAUAUCGGCCUUAAGAACAGGAGAUGUUUUUGGUGAAGAUAGUAUGGCAAAAAUUAAACGCAGUAGAAAAUCCAGACAUUCGCCUCCAGCCAGGGAACAUAGCAGGGACAGAGUAUUAAACGUUACUCGUAAAAAAUAAAUCAAUUUUAAUUUAAAUUUUUUUUGAUGUAUUUAUUGUUUAUUUUAGUAUAUUAAAGAUGACCUAUUAGUAGUUCUUGCAUUUUAUUCUACUUUCUGUGAUAUACAUUAUGUCGUGUCCAAAAUUGUGUGUAUGACUACAAGUUCAACCUUAUUGGCUUGAAAAUACUCUCCUUCAUCUUCUUGUAUAAUUUAUCUUUUUAAUUAUGUUUUUUUUAUUUUAACUAAGUUAUUUAACUGUAAAUUGUAAAUAUUUAUAAUGGUAACACCAUAUAUUAGAAUGAACAAAAUAUGUAAAACACUUUUAUAGAUAGCUUAUAGAUUUUUAUAUAGCAUAAAUUUAAAUUAUACUUGUUUAUUACAUUAUUUCAACAACGGACAAUUAUUUUUCAGUGCAACCAAAAUUUGGAAGUUGGUGUUUUUAUACUUUGAAAAUAAAAUAAUAUUAAACAAAAAUGUUCAUUUAAUUUCUACCCAAUUGUUACGAAAUGUAAUUACUGCUGUUAUUGUAAAUAUGCAAUAAUUGUUUAUAUUUUUGUUAAAUUGUACUAUGAUACUUUAUAAAUAAUUGUACAAGUAUUAUUUAGAACAUAACAUUUUUAUUGAAACUAGAUAUGUUAAUGUGUUUUUAAACGUAUUUCUUAUCAAUUUUAUUGUUUAUUUAAAUUUAGUAUCAACAAUGUUUUUAUACAAUAUACAUUAGUUAUUAUUACCGUGUGAA